AUGAAACCUCAACAAAAAGUGGAUAAAACUUUCGAGGAACUAGUCGAGGAAUCAAUUCGUCUCCCGGAAUUAAACGCUUCUAGUUGCCUUCCCAUGACAAUGACUGAAAUACUUCGCAGCUCUAAAAAGGAAAAGGACGUUACCACGAAGCUGCCUAAAAUACAUAGUGGGAAAGUUCAGUUAGUCACUAUGGGCGACGGAUUCUCAAGUGAGAGAAAAAGAAGACGCGGGAAAAAAAUCAAGGCACACCGUCGCCCCGAGACACCGUCGCCUCGUGCCGCUCCAGAGAUUAACUCUAAAAGCGUUCGCGUGGCUCGUUCAAAGCAGACUGCUAAUUUAGCCACAGAGGAAACGAAUACGGUUAAAACACAUUGGAAGAAAAAGCUUCAUAAACGACAAAGUAAAAGACAUUUAACCGAGGAGGGCGACCCUUUGAAUGUAUCAAUAACAAUUUCAGGGUACCAACAUUACAAAGAAUACAGAACAUAAAGCAGAGAUCUUGUGAAAAAUAAACAACUUUGACUCGACUUCUGAAACAUGGUCGAGAGGUGACGGCGGAUUAGUGUAGUUUAGCAAACUCGGCACUGCCGAUUUCGUAGAAGGGUGCUUUUUCCCACUGCUGCAAAAACCUGACAAUGCGAAGUGGAGGUAAUAAUAUUCUAAAUUAGUAAAAAGACAAGGUACCAUAAUAACGAUAGAAACAAGAUGCAAAAACGACCGAUUGUCACUUUAAAGCUGAGUUGGUUAGAGACCUUAAGCUGAGCCGUUCGGCGUCUGAGUCCUCAGUAAUCGAUUGACAACAUUAACUGAAGACUGUAACUAUGCUACAAGAUGCGAUCUAAACAACAUCCAGUCAAAUUUCACAUGGUUCGAUGGACAUAUUUUGUUAUAUAUACAAGGAUUGCAUAUAUGUAAUCAAAAAUUGACCUUAAGUAAAGUUAUCCGAAAUUGCUUGGGGUUUUGGCUUAAAAGGUACUGACCACUGUACCUGCAUGGCGUUCGUAUACUUUUAAGAUUUCAGUUCCCUCUCAGAGCUCUUUGAGGAAAGAAACACCCCACACACACCCAACAACUCCAAAGCACAUGACAAGACUUAAGUUACACGUCACGUUAGGCUUUGAAUAAUCGUUCACAAAGUCAAAAGCAUAUAUUAAGACCUAUCUUGUACAUCUCAUGCGGGUUGAACUGCGCGCUCACUAAUGAAAGUUUUCAGUUAAAUGCUCGUACCGUCGCUCAGACACUACAAAAUGAGAGUUUUAGACAGAAGGAAUGUAAAAUAAUUAGGCACGUGAACGCGAACCAAAAAGUACUCAAAUGAGUGCGGUCAAAGACGUAAUAAAGUCUAAAAUUGCGUCACUGCUUACAUUUUUAUCGUAAUAAACUAGUAGCUGGGUUUAACGCACUUCGCUUUAUUAUUUUGAGAAUAUUAAAGUAACGUUUGAGAUGAAGUUUAAACUUUAAUGUCAGUUCCCAAUCAUUCGCUAACAACAAUUUAAGUGCUCUAAAUUUCACAGCGUGCUCCGAUAACAAACAAAUAUUUGUUCCGCAGAAGGCUUGGUAGCAUCACGCAAUCGGAAAACAGGCUUAAUUAACGUUAAAAUGAAAAUUACCUAAUAAUUUUGUUAACGCUGUUCAUUGGACGAAACUGAACGAAUUGAGCGCGGCAAGCUUUCCUCAAAAGGCCAAAUAAAGACAAUAACCUGAUCUGUACUUUACAAAGUUUACAUAUCUACCAAACUAUUUUUGAUACUAAUAUGACAGAGAAAUAAGACUUUGGUAUUCCGGUUAUUCGAUUUACAGAAAAACCUUUAGGUAAUACUAUUUGGCCAAAUUACAAGAUAAAACUUAUGUCAUACUAACGCACAACUUUGGAUAUACAGUUCUUUGUAAAGGAACCUAAAUGUCAAAUGGCCCCAGGUAACACAGCGAAGAACAGUAAAAAACAACAACAACAACAAAUUUUAUUGAAAUUCAACAUUACAACUAAUGACAUAGUUUUCCCACCCGCAAAUAGCCUAGGGACUAUUCGAGGCGGGGGAGGAAAGACUUACAUGUACUGAACGGUGAUACAAGGUUCUAGUAGAUGGACUAAACAACAAUGAAGACACCGGGGACAAUAAAUAGGGUAAACUAACACAAAACAAAGUAAGUAAAUAACACUUACGAAGAGAGACUAAAAUGAUGUGCAUAUAUAACAACUCUUUUUAAGUAGCAAUUGACUCAGGCAUAAUAUGCAACAGGUAGAACAAAAGAUGACACAUAUAAACCUACGAAAACUAACAAAACAUUUGAUUUAUGAAAGAAAAAAGGAGAACUUUAAGGAGCACAUUCACGCACACGUUCGUCCAUCUUGGUCAGCUCACGUGACUCCUUUCAGUGAAUACUUAGAAAAAAUGAGGCCGCGAAUUGAGCUCUAACAACAUCAUUAUCGGCCAUUAUGAGUUCCGCAAAAACUCUCACUUUCAAAACAAAGCUAAGUGCAAAACCAUUCUUGUGAAAACGAGUUUUAUUUGCAUCAGAAUACGAAUUCGUUUUCAAAGCAAAGGGCUUCGCAUUUAGCCUCGCUUUAAAACAGAGGCUUGGGACAGCACGCGGAAAUAGUCUACUUAUCGUUAUUCAUUUGCGUUAUUUAAAUACAGUAAAAACCCACGAGUAAGAAGCUAAGAUUUAAGAACCUGUUAGGCUAAAAUUUGCAAUUUAGACCCCCCUCUAUAUAAGAACCUCUUUAGCCUAAAUUUGGGGAAAGGUUCGUAUUUUCAAAAAUCAUUUAAAAAUAUUUACUAAUUGCAAUUGCAAAAGGCAAGUUAGUACAUAUAUAAAUGUUGUUUGAUUGAGGUCAUUGAGAAAAUGUUUAUAAUAUUGUGUUUUACAGCUCAAUCACGUGUAUAAAGUUGUUUUGACUCAAGAAAUUAAAAUUCAUGUGAGAACAGAUCUCUAUUAUGGUCAUAUUAAAAUAUAAGCAAUCGUUAGGUAUGCAAAUUUAAGGGUGCUGAUCACUAAAAUCUUCUUAGCAACGACAUAAUUUUUUUGCAAGAAAUUAAGAACCUAUUAAGAACCUAGAAAGCCUAAAUUUAUGCAAGAGAGAAAAAAAUCUCUCUUGAUUUAUGUUAACCACCAUUUAUGUAAGAACCUGUUUAGGCUAACCCUGGAAAAUGUAGGUUUUUACUCGUGGGUUUUUACCGUAUGUACUUCGUUGGUAAACGGGUAAUUGGCACAAGAAGAGAAUUAAUAAUCGGUUUAGGACCUUUCGUAGCCAGUGGUAAAUUUCUUAACAAUGUUUGCAUGAAAGAAUGCAGUCGAUAAAUGCAGGUUGUUGCCACAGCUAUGGUUCUGAAUACUUGCUAAAAAAAUUAGGGCAUUGGAGGCUUGCGGAUGGAAGAUUUUCAGAACAUUCCCCUACUUCAUGAGAAGAGUGUGGGUUUAUUUAGAGGAUGUAUAACAAGAGCUCCAGAUUGUAUUGAAUAUGCAGAAUCAGGAGCUCAUCUUCAUUGUGUGACCAAGUCUCUAUAUAAUGUCUUGCAUGCAUGGUAACUCUAUUUCAGAUAGAUUCACCAUUCGCACCAAAAAAUCUGCAGUCAGUCAGAGCAGAGUAGGCGGCUCUUUACAUGGAGGGAGGAAGAUCCUUCGACCAGGAAGAUCCUAAAGGGCGGAUCAUCCUAGCGCCAUAAUGUUUUCUGUAUUCGGUUUACAUGCAAAGGGUUGUACUUGUCCCUAGCGCUAGGAUCUUCUUACCUGCGAGAUAGGAAGAUCCUAGUAUUAGGAAGAUCCUAGCACCAUGCUAACUGCUUUCACUAGGAACAUACCUAGAAUUAGGGACAAACCACGCAAAAAUGGGGGCGGGUCGUACUGUUAACCACCUGGACUAAAAUUUCUGCUGGUAAACCAAGCGAAUAGUUGUUCCGCCUUCUAGGAUCUUCCUUCCUCCAUCUAAACAGCCCCUAGGAUUUCCAGCAAUAGCGACGGACGAAAUCACAGAAGCUUCAAGCGAAAAAGGUUUAACUGCUUAACCCUUUCAGCCCCGAUAUCCACAUACAAAUUCUCCAAACUGACCUCCAUACAUUUCCUUAAAGAAUUAGUCGAGAGAAUUUGAUAAAAGAUCAAAGCAUUUUUCCUGAGAUGAUCAUUUUAUUAAAUCUCAUAACCUUUUCUUUUGACAAUGCAUUGACAUGGUGAGGAGAACACUGAUGUUGGUCACUCUCGGGGCUUUAAGGGUUAAAGGACCUUGGAAGUCAUAUUUCCAAUUUGCUACUGACUUUUACCUAAACAGCCCAGAAAAUGACCGAAAGUCUAGCGUAUGACAGGUGACCCCAAGGGUCUGACAGAUGCGCUAUCAUGGCACGAGUGCAGCUUAUAAUUAGAGGCGCGCGUUCGCGCGAUUCGUGUUAGAUUGCGGUGUCUCCCAUUUCGUGCAAAUGACAAACUGCUAAAUAGCUGGGAGUAAAGGCUGUACGGGUGUUUACCACUUCCUUUAAUUCCCUCUACGAAGAGGUUCCGGGUGUGACAAAAGUACAGCCAAAUGCGUUGAGAGUACUACAAAAUAAAGAGAAAUAUUAACAGGGAAAUAAGAUUAACAUUAUUAUGAAAGACUGCAGACGUGGCUGCAGACAAUUCGCUAAGAAGAAUUAGCUCAGCGAAACAGUGAGAUCAUCCCUUUGUAAAAUAACUCUACAAAUGUCGCAUGUUUUGCAUAAAAGCUCAUUUCCGUUAACGUAAUUUGCGGCCGCUAAGCGCUGCCAAAGUCUCUAAUAGGCCAGAAGUAAGAUCUCUUUCCGGUCACGGAUUCCAAAUAUGUUGAUAUAACAUGAUAAUUUACCGUGCGGUUGCUCGAUCCUUUGAAAAAUUUGCAAGGCUUACUUAUUUUCUCUGGUUUGUAUAAAUUUCUUAGGGUAUAACGUGGUGAUCGGGGAGACCACAGACAACGUUUUAAGACUAAGAGUAACUUGUGUUACCUACGGGAUUUUACGAAUUAUUCCGGCGUUUAUCAAAUGUUGUGGCGGGGCCAAAAACCAAUCGAAAACAGGACAUGAAUCAGUUCGUCGGUGCAAGGACAAGGACGCCCGAUAAUCGUUAAACAAUCCAGUUGUUUAUUUAAAAUCUUAAAUCAAAUGGCAUUGUACACAGAUGGAGCUUUAUUCUGAUAGUUUAUAACCUCUCUAUUUUUAAUGGAACAGCAUUAAAAAAAGAAUAUUUACCUACUAUAUAUGUUACACAAACAAAAAAAAACGCUAUCCGGCUAAAGAAUUCUUUCAGUCAUCCAGAUUCCCAAAUUCUAAAUUAUAGAAAAUGGAAAUUUGUUCAGUUCUUUUCGCUGCAAAUUCAAAACAGCGUUUUAUCUGAUGAAUCGAUACACGAAUCAACUAUACAACAGCACAGGGUUUUCUGAAACCAUAAGACCGUCACAGACAACUUACUCCUAUCAUUUCGAGGCAAUUUAGUGUUAGAGGGACAUACCUUGUUUGCGCUGUCGCCUUUUUAACCCGGGGGUACUCCCUAUAAGGAUUUACGGGGAGGCUCCGCUCGAAAUGGGGGCCUUUUUAGGCUUCAGGUACAUGAAAAGGCAGGAAUGUUACUAGUUCUGAAGUAUAUGAAAGGAAAAAACAUUCUGUCAUUCCGGUUUGUAAAAAGGCCCGAAGGGCUAUCAGAAACUUUUUAUGGCUGUGAAAAAGUCGUGAAGUCGUUCCGGUUUUAUUAUUUAUUCACACUUCAAAGAAAGUGAAUUUACAGAAGUUAAAGGAAUGGGAAGUUCUAAUCUGGGUGUGUAAAGGGUACCAUUUUUUAUUAGAAGGUAUAGUGUGGUACACGAAAGGGAACCUUCUAGGUCAAAAAUAGUAUUAAAAAGGGGUCGGACCUCGGGGCGCGGAGCCUCCCUGUAUAAGACUUUGUUGAGUACCUCCCAGCAAGUCUGGGUGGAGGUGUGCCGUCCAGGGGCCCGUUUCUCGAAAGUCCCGAUGAUUAACGGGCCUGGUAAGCUGUCUCCGUUUACAUUAGAGAUCGAGGUUUCAAUAGUUUUGCAUCUAACACGAUAAACCUGUCAGUUAAUGAAACAAAAUGGAGUAGUUUGCUAGCCAGGACCCGCGCUCUUAUUCUUUAUAUUUCGAUUUGAAUAUUUGAUUCCGAGUCCGUAAAGUUACCGGGACUUUCGAGAAACGGGCCCCAGGCCUUUAAAACCUGACUCUUUUCAAGACAAAAAUCGUUCGUUUCGCUAUCCUGACUAAGAUACGAGACCUUAUUUCAAGACCCUCGUGUUUCUUUUAGAACCCAUGCAGAAUUAAGUUUUUUAAGUAACUGCUGGAAUAAGACUGUUUUCUCGCCCCAUGUCAGGGAAUUCGGAUUCCAGAAUCCGGGAAAAUUUUGUUUGUGGAAUCCGGAAUCCUGGACUUUGGAAUCUGGAAUUCAGCUCAAGGAAUCCGGAAUCCCAAUAAACACUGGAAUCCAGAAUCCAAGUUCACGUGACAAAGACUGGAAUCCAGUAUCAGCAAUCCGAAAAUCUACGGCCUGAAAUCAAGAAUCUAAGACUGUCUUCGAUUCCCUUACACCAUACACGGGGCGAGUUUUCUGGAAAAAAACUGAGAUCGUUGUUACCACACAUGGAGAUCACUCAUCGUCCGAACUGCCACACUCCUUCUUAAAAUGGUUUCCGGUCCCAAGAGAGCCAGGCUAAGAGGCUAAAUAGUGAAAUUGAAUACCUUGUUUAUGACUCAAGACACUGAAAACUUAUACCAUGUUCAGCAGCACAUGCACAUACUCGCGGUUAGGCCGAAUAAAAGAGUGCUCCCUCCGGGAGAUUUAUCAGCAAAUCGAAUCCUUUUUGAGUGACGAAUGAGCGAUUUGACCAAUGACUUUACUUAACCACUAGUUAAAAAAGCCUAGGAAAGCAGUAAAUUAAGCUCCACGUUUUUAAUAGCAGGGGGUAGAAGAAGAACAAAACUAAUUUUAAUCCCAAUUAACAUUUUUAAGCCAGUCGUCAUUUAAUCAGUUCCCUAUUAUAGUCUUACCUAAGAGACCUAUUGGCGUUGUUGACUGAAAUAUACGGCAAGAAGGUCGGUAAAAUACAAAAAUAAAUGGUGUCUAGAAAAGAAAAAUAAGUGCUAAGGAAACACUUUUCGAAAACGUAUUUGAAAUACAGUGAGGCGACAUGAUUUUAAGACUAGACAUCAACGACGAAAAUCGUCUCCGAAAUAUUUUAAACCAUCGGAUAGAACUAUGGCCAAUUGCCGUCUAAUGGGUGAUAAUUGAUUUCUACUUGUUUUAUAUUCUUUGCUUCUCAGUUUAGAUUUCUUUUAAAAUAAAUACUAAUAUUCUUGGGGCCAAUUAGAGAGAUAAACCAAGCCAUAAGAAUAAUGGAGAGAGUUAUAAGAUAGUGUUUUGAACACAAGCUCUGAUGGUUAUGCCAACGUAAUUGCCAAAAUUUUCAAUUGGCACACACAGUUAAUCCCAAGUAAAAAAGAAAAAUAAACCAAGCCAUAAGAAUAAUGGAGAGAGUUAUAAGAUAGUGUUUUGAACACAAGCUCUGAUGGUUAUGCCAACGUAAUUGCCAAAAUUUUCAAUUGGCACACACAGUUAAUCCCAAGUAAAAAAGAAAUACUUGACUAAUUAGUUCUAGUGAGUAUUGUAAUACUGAAGAGCCAUUCAAAAGCUUUUUUAACAGGGCGGUGUUUAUGACCCAAUAAAACAUGGUUUGUAUUUUGUAUCUAUCUUGGUGGACAUGUUAGGCCAGCAGAAGGUCGAAGCAUUUAACACAAUAAAGAGUACGACAUUGUAAAGUAAACCGUGGAAUUUUUAACUAUGAGGCUUUAUAUCUUUCAAAGUCCAUACAUUACUGCCAUUAAUGGAGGUUUUCUUUUGUUUUUCAAGGGAAUAUACUUACAACAAUAGACGGCACCUUAAUUAUAAGUGAUUACUGCAGCAUUAGUGGCCGAGUAUUUGAGGGGGGAGGGGGUGACUUGGGUCAAACAAGUAUAUAUUUUUUUGUUUUCAAACCUACAACUGUGAUCAAUUUUUUUUCUUAAUUAUGUGGCGUCAAUGAACGACCAUUACAGUAACUCUCACCAAUUUUUUUUAUGCAAUAUUGUAUUCAUUCCACGCCUCUUGGAAGGAUUCUCACCUUCUGAAAUCAACCACCCCCAUCCCCACCCUGAUAAAAGGAAAAUGCUCCCCCUUAACAAAUGUCUUAGUCUGACAUAUGGCAUAGGUUGUUUACUUUACUAAUAAAUCGCGCCAGCGUUAAUUGGUGUAAGUACUCAAAGUUACAACGAGUACUUUCCAAUGAAAAACUACUAUGAGAAUAGGCGACAGAAGGCGAUGUUAAGAUGAACAGGAACAAUUUUCCAUCUUUAAGUGAAGAGUUUGUACGUAUGCUCUCGAGAAAUGACAAAAACAAUGAAGGCGAGGAAUCUUUUCAAACAAAGAAAGAAUUGUACUCUAUUUAUUUUCAAGAGGCUAAGUUGAGAAGAGAGCUUGACUUUCCAAUCGACGAAGACAAACCAAGUCCUUUUCGAACUUACCAAAGACUAGAUCAUGAACGUGCAGAAAGAAGAAAGUUCUUUUCGUUUAAUGGCCCAACAUUGAGAAGCAGGUCGCUUCCGAGUAUCUGUGACCCUGGACUUACCACAAAUCGACAACAGUUGCUCCCAGCGACCAACAGAGAAAUAUCCCAAACAAGAGUAGCUUCAAAGUGGCAAGAAUUAACCCAGAGUUUACAAAGCAUCAAAGAGGGAAAAGUCGUUGACCAACGUUCGACAAAGACAUCUUCUGGCGAUGAUUCUAAAAUCGACGCCAGCCGUCCUGUAACAAGACGAAAGAGCCGGUCGGACACAAAGCGGAAGGCGCCGCAAAAAUGGAACGUAACUAUACAUAGACGAGUACCGAUAAUAAUUUAG